UUACCAGAAAUUCGUAACAGUAAAAAUCAAGUUGAUAAAAAUAAACCUCUACCAACAUCUCUUCAGAAUGAUUUUUUACCUGAUGAUGUUUUAUUUGCCCUGACACAGCCUCCACCCCCCAGGGAUAAACUGGGUCCUGCCCCUAAAUUACGGAAUCUGAACACUUCUACUUCUCGGCCGAUUCCAAGUAAUGUCUGGAACUAUAAACGUCGAGAUAAAUUCAAACAUUUAACAAAUUCUACCACCUGUAUUUGUGGUGCUGGCAAAGAUAUAUCAUUCCUGUAUGACGUACCACUUACUAACCCAACACUAGAACGUCCAGAUAACAUUGAUGGUAGUGUCAUUAGAAAUGAUUUUGAGGAAAAACCGAAACAGCCAUUACAGCUUCCUGACACUCUGGUACCAGAAGAAUAUCAUAUUGUUAAAAAUAAAGGUGUAUUGGGUAUUGAAUUCCAUGAAGAUAAAUACAGUACUCAUAUUGAAGAUCAUGAGAAACAUCUGAUGGUUUUCCCCUCUAUGAAACCAACAAGUCGUUAUGAAGUCUUACAGUUGAAGAAAGUUUUAGAUGAUUUGUUGGAAAAGAUAGGGGCUAAUGAUACAGAUGUUGAUGUUAGAGGGCCCACUCAGAUGCAUAAUUUACUGGAAUUGAUUAAAAAAGAACAGAAUAUUUAUAAUGUUGUUUUUCAUGAACUAAUUAGACAGACAAGCGUGGAGUGUGCUGAAAGAGGUGAAUUAUUGGCCACGUUACGUAAAAAAUACAGUGAUCUGUUAAACAGAAUUCCCUCACAGAUAAAAAGUUUGCAUGAAGAGGUGAUGGCACAGAGAGCUUUAGAUAGAAGAUUAACAGAGGAACUGAUGAGAUUUAAAACAACUAUCAGUAUCUUAACAAGUGAAUUAACUGAAAUUAAAGAGCAUGACAUCAGAGUAACCAAGGAGGCUCAAAAGGCUCAGGAAGAUUUAAAAUAUGCAUUAUCAGAAGCUCAAAAGAAUGCCAGCCUGUUGUCUGAAUAUCACGAUUUAUACGAACUACAACGUCAAAGACUAGAACAACAGGUCUCAACUUUAACGUCUGAACGAGAACUGUGGAGUACAGCUGCUUACAGCCUAGCCAUGAAGGUAACAGAAGAAUGUCAACUAACCACCGCCAAACGACUUCAUGUCAGCGAGAAAGCCUGGGCUAAACUAGCCCACCAUUUUACAAUUCUACUGAGUGAUAAAGACACAGAAUUACUCACUAUCAUCCAGACACAUGUAGAAGAUUGGCGAGACUUGAUUGAAGAUUUUAAUCUGGCGUUGAAACAAAGGGAAGGAGAUAUGAAAGAUAAUCUAAGUUCUAUUAAAACUGGGAUUGAACGAUGGAAUCAAGACUUUCAUAAAACUUGUUUGUAA